AUGGGCUCACGCCUGAUGGCGUCACGCAUCCAACAGGCCUAUCGUGGAAUUUCUCAGCCGACGGCAUACGGAAAGCGUAUGGACCGGCUGUCCAACCGGAUCUUUGGCGAAGUUGUCACAACCACCGACAGCAAGAGCAUGAAAGUUAUCCGGGUCAUGUCAGCGGAACCCAUCGAACAAAAGGAUCAGCUAAAGCCAGAAUACUAUCCGAAUCUUCCAAUGUUCCAUUAUUUGACAAAAAUGCUGAGGUUCCAUGGUCUCUAUUUUGAUGAUCACGUUGUUUGGCGGCAGGUACAGGAUGAGCUGAAGGUCUUGCGUGGAAAGGUGGUCCGGCCUCCGAUCGGACAAGGAAAACGGGCCCAGAUUCGCGGGUCGAAGAAA